UGAAAAAUGUUUUGUGUCCAAUUUCAUACGUCGAUGCAUUUUGUGAAUUUACCUCCGUAUGUAAACUCAGCGGCUGUUGGUUCAGCAGGUUGUUCUUUGCUGGGUUUACUGGUUCCUGGUGUUUACUGGUUCCUGGUGGGCAGGCUGUGAUUGGAGGCUUCACGGCCUCAGCGUGUGAAAGCCUAGGAGCUGACGUCAAACUCACCUGGACACCACGCCCAUCUUUGUCCCUUUCCAGUUUCUGUUGGGAGUGCUGGGGGGGAAAUGGCAGCGGCAACUAUUUCUAUAGAGCAGGACCAGUUCUGUUGUUCCGUGUGCCUGGAGGUUCUGAGGGACCCGGUGACGAUCCCCUGUGGACACAGCUACUGUUUGGACUGCAUCGAGGACUACUGGAGCGGGACCCGGCAGAAGGGCCAGUACAGCUGCCCCCAGUGCCGACAGGUGUUUAACCCCAGACCUCUGCUGAGCAGGAACACGGUUCUGGGGGAAGUGGUGGAGCAGUUUCAGCGAAGCGGACUCAUAGCUUCGGCCCAAACCCCGGCCAAACCGGAUGACGUGAAGUGCAGCGCCUGCUCGGGGAGGAAGAGCAAAGCCGUGAAGUCCUGCCCGGUUUGCUCGCAGUCGUUCUGCGCGUCUCACCUGAGAGGCCACGAGGAGCGCUUCCACGGAAAGGCUCACAAAGUGGGGCCAGCUCCAGAGCAGCUGAGGGGGGAGAAGCUGUGUCCGCAGCACGACAAGCCACUGCGUCUGUACUGCCGCACCGACCAACACAGUGUGUGCACCCAGUGCGUGAGAGACAGACACAAGGGCCACGACACAGUCCCAGUGGCGGAGGAGAGAUCUGCACAACAGAAAAAGCUCCAGGAAGCCGGUUUGAAGUCUGUGCAGAAAGUGAAGGACACGGAGAAAGAACUUCGAUAUAUAAUCGGAUACAUUAAGGUGAGUGAGAUUUACCCAUGUGGACAGAGAGAAAUGUUUGGUGUGUGUGUGUGUGUGACUCCUGGAGACCAAGCCGAUAAGGUAAGAGUUGAUCCUCUGCAGCACUCCACAGAGGCGGCGGUGGACGAGAGCCAGAGGAUUUUCUCCAGGCUGAUCCGCUCCAUAGAGAAACAAGGCCUGGAGGUGAAGGAGCUGAUCCGAGGCCAGGAGAGAGCGGCUGUCACUCAGGCUGCGGAGCUGCUGGAGAAGCUGCAGAGGGAGAUGGUCGAGCUGAGGAGGAGCGACGCUGAGCUGGAGAAGCUCUGCCGCUCAGACGACCACGUCCACUUCCUGCAGAGGUCAAAGUCUUUUCAGUUCCCUACCAAGACGGUGGAGCUUCCCAGCACUGAUGCACUUCAAUAUACAAUGUACAAAACCACGAGAGGAGCCCUGGCUGAUCUGAAGAACAGUCUGGAUGAAACCUUCGAAAAAGAAUUAAGCAGAAUCUCUGAGAAAGUGAUUUCACUGAAGGAAACCAGCAAUCAAGUCACCUCAGAGAAAACUAAAGCAAAACAUGCAGAAGUAUCGUUCAACACCGAACCGAAGACGAGGGCUGAUUUCCUACAAUAUUACAAUGAUUUAACUCUGGAUCCAAACACAGCCAAUCCUUAUUUAUGCUUCUCUGAUGGUCGGCGAGUGUUGACCACGCGUCCGGAGCCGCAGCCCUACCCCGACCACCCGGACCGCUUCACCAACUGGGCCCAGGUGCUGUGCAGAGCCGGUAUGGCCGGACGCUGCUACUGGGAGGUGGAGUGGUCUGGGAAGGGAGGGGUUUCCGUCGGCGUCUGCUACAAGAACAUGAGUAGAGCUGGAGGAGGGAGCGACAGCAAGCUGGGGCACAACUCCAAAUCCUGGAGCCUGGACUGCUCCAGCUCCGCCUGCUCGUUUCAGCACAACAAGGAGAGCCUGACCAUCGCGGCUCUCGGCUGCAGCAGGAUCGGAGUGUAUCUGGACCUCAGGGCCGGGACUUUGUCUUUCUACAAUGUUUCUGAAACUAUGGGGUUGCUUCAUAAAGUGAAGACCACGUUCACUCAGCCUGUGUACCCAGGAUUCUGGGUGGGAUUAGGCUCAACUCUGAAGCUGUGCUCUCCUUAAACAUGAACAGCAGGAAUGACCUUAACAUUUCACAGAAUAAAAACCAAACAGAGAUGUUUGUGCUCAAAGCUUUAAUAACCGUGUCAGCGAGGAGCAGCAGCAGCAAAGGAAGAGCAGGUGGAGCUUAGAUCUUAUUGAAGGCAGCUACAUCUACACUCUGGACCUGCAGAAGAAGAAAAACAAACAGGUCAAGGUGUGUGUUUGAAGGUAUUUAUGUUUUUGUGUUGUAGUGAUUUGUUGUACAUCCAAGUUGUUUAAUUUAAAAACAAAUAAAGCAUCAAGUGUGAUAUACACUAA